AUUAACAGACAGGAAAACCCAGGCGAGAAGCAAAAAAUAUUGGAAAAGAGAAACCGUUUAACACUCGUGUAUCUCGUGUGCCAUUGUCUGCUUGCUCUUAGAACAUCACACUGCGAUGGUAAACCAGUACGAUUCAUAGAUCUCCGAUACUCCGCUGCUCACUCAACUACUUUCAUUUUCGUAGCUUUGAGUUGUUGAUCCCGUUAUUCGAGAAGUCAAAUCGUCGUUUUUCCUCGAUUGUCGUGAUCGGUCGGUUCGGUUAGUUGAACUCAACACCGACUGUUUUGGAACUCAAUACUUCGACCAUGAAUGCCAUCGUGCUGGUGUUGGCUAUCGCGGCCUUGUGUAAUGCACAGAAUAUGCAGGCUACCGUCAAAAUGACGCCGCACGACCCCUCAAGCAAUGUGACGGGGGUUUUGUAUAUGAUGCAACAGGGACCGAGUGCACCAGUCGUCAUCACUGGAAACCUCACGGGUCUCUCACCCGGGCUGCAUGGCUUCCACGUUCACGAAAAAGGAGAUUUGAGCAACGGCUGCUUAUCAACCGGGGCUCACUUCAAUCCCUUUAACCAUAGUCAUGGGGCACCACAGGACCCAGUGAGACACGCCGGUGAUCUUGGUAACGUCCUGGCCAACGACGGAGGGGUUGUCAACGUACAUAUCACUGACACUGUUAUAAACCUAACUGGGGAGAACAACAUCCUCGGAUUAUCGAUUGUCAUCCACUCUGCACCCGAUGACCUUGGGAAGGGUGGUCACCCGCUUUCAUCGACAACCGGAAACGCUGGUUCUCGAGUAGCGUGCGGUGUCAUCGGACGAAUGUGACUAAGCAAGCGCGAGAGUUCAAGCAGUUCUCGUUCCAACAUAACUGCAGCAACAAUUGUUCUAUCGUUAAUUAUUUCGGUUUUUGUCAAAACCGAUAUCAUUGAUAAUCUGAAAUGAAAAUGGCUGGAUUUGGAAUAAGAAUAUUCCGAAGAUUUUUGGAGUCUUAUUUGCACAGCAAGAAUGAAAACGUUUAAUGAUUUUCUGCAAUAAAUACGAACCGGUUUCUGCAAAGUGAAUCUUGACAAUCAUUCCCGGUGCAGAUUUUUUCUUUUUUUUUUUAAUUUUUGGCUUAUCGUAGAUUUAACCAGUUAACACAUUAUUAACAACGGGCUUACUAGAAUUUUAUCGAUAUAUUUUGUGAAAAUGUAAAUUCUCGUCAACUCUUUUCCGUCACAAUCGUAACCACUGGAAGAUGGUCCGUGUGAGAAAAAACGCCAAAAACUCUGAUGAACGAAAGGAAUAAUCGUCCAUUUUGAGCCUUCAACUUGUUUUAGAAAAGUAAAUUUACACUAUUUUUAUCGAAACACCUGCUGCUUGCGGCUUCAACGUCGUAUCCAUGUAGAGGAAAAAAUAUCGUUUUUCCCCGAUAGAACUUUAACAGAUCGAUGAGGUCAAAAGCGGUUUAAUAGACAAUCUCAUAAUAAUAUUUUCAUAAAUAACUAAUAAAUAUUAUGAAAAACACAA